AUGCCCAGCAACUAUACAGGUGCUUGUAAACCUGGAUCCUUCAAGGCAUUUGCUGGAAACACAAAAUGCUCCAAGUGUCCCCCUCACAGCUCCAGCCAUGACCAGGCCGCCACCGUCUGCCACUGUGACAAGAGCUUCUUCCGCGCCCUCAAAGACCCCUCCACCAUGGCCUGCACAAGACCCCCGUCUGCGCCCAGGAACGUGGUGUCCCUGAUAAACGACACAGCGCUGUUCCUCCAGUGGAUGCCCCCCCGGGACAGUGGCGACAGGAAGGACCUCACCUACAACGUCCUGUGCCAGCGUUGCGACACUGCGGACAGUGGGUUGACCCAGUGUGAACCGUGCGAGCCCGACCUGCGUUUCAUCCCUAAAGCACUGGGUCUGACCGGGACGUCGGUGGCCAUCCUGGAGUACGCCGUGCACGCCAACUAUACUUUCCACGUGGAGGCGCUGAACGGCGUGUCGGGGCUGGGCGUGGCGGCCCGCUCCUUGGCUAAUAUCACUGUCAACACACACCAAGCUGGUCCAGCGCUGGUGGGGGUGGUCAGGAAGGACUGGGCCACUGAGAACAGCAUCGCCCUCUCCUGGGAGCAGGUGGAACAGCCGCCCGCUGACAUAGUGGAUUAUGAAGUCAAGUACUAUGAAAGGGAGCAGGAGCAAUUGAGUUACUCUUCGACCCGCACUCGGACGGCCAGUGUGGUGGUGACUGGCCUCAGACCCUCCACUGUCUAUGUGUUCCAUGUGCGCACACGGACCACCGCCGGGUUCACUGCAUACAGCCCCAACUUUGAGUUUUCCACUGCUGCAGAAGAUCCAGAUGUUGCCGACCAGGGCCAGGUCCUGGUGAUGGUCACAGCCUCAGUGGGCGGGUUCUCUCUGCUGGUCAUCCUCACCCUCUUCCUGCUCAUCACUGGACGGUGUCAGGGCUACAUCAAAGCCAGGAUGAAGUCUGAGGAGAAGCGAAGGACACGUUUCCACAGCGGACACGUGCCAUUUUCUGGGAUUAAGACCUAUGUGGAUCCGGACACGUACGAGGACCCGACACAGGCCGUGGAGGAGUUUGCUAAAGAGAUCGAUCCUUCAUACAUCUGCAUCGAGAGGGUGAUCGGAGCAGGUGAAUUUGGAGAAGUGUGCAGUGGGCGCCUGCGUUUGCCAGGCAGAAUGGACGUCCCGGUGGCGAUAAAAACACUCAAAGGUGGAUAUUCAGAACAGCAGAGGCGGGACUUUCUGAGAGAAGCGUCAAUCAUGGGCCAAUUCUGUUGCACCAAUAUCAUCAGGCUGGAAGGAGUUGUCACUAAUAGCAGGCCAGUUAUGAUAGUGGUGGAGUAUAUGGAAAAUGGAGCUCUUGACUCAUUCUUGAGGAGCCGGGACGGUCAGUUCACAGUGCUGCAGCUGGUGGACAUGCUCCGGGGCAUCACAGUGGGGAUGACCUAUCUUUCAGACAUGGGUUAUGUGCACAGGGAUCUGGCAGCUCGAAACAUUCUGGUCGACAAGAAUCUGGUGUGUAAAGUAUCUGACUUUGGCAUGUCCCGGGUCCUGGAGGAUGACUCUGAGGCGGCCUACACUGCUACAGUACGUCAGACUCAUCAUCUACACACACAUGGAGGAAAAAUCCCCAUACGUUGGACGGCACCAGAGGCAAUUGCUUAUGGGAAGUUCUCAUCUGCUAGUGAUGUGUGGAGCUACGGUAUUGUUAUGUGGGAAGUGAUGUCCUAUGGUGAAAGGCCAUAUUGGGAGAUGUCCAAUCAAGAUGUGAUUUUAUCCAUUGAGGAAGGCUACCGUCUCCCCGCGCCUAUGGGCUGUCCGGUGACACUGCAUCAGUUGAUGUUACACUGUUGGCAAAAGGAAGCAGGACAGAGACCAAACUUCACGGAUGUCCUCUCCUUCCUAGAUAAACUCAUCAUUAAUCCUGGGAGUCUGCUUACUCUUGCAAACGAUGCACAGAGCCUCACAGAUUCUCCGGAGGAUCUUCCAGACUACCCUCUGUUCAUCUCCAUCGGUGACUGGCUCGACUCCAUUAAAAUGAGCCAAUACAAAAACAACUUUCUCGCAGCAGGCUACACAACAUUGGACUCCAUCUCCACCAUGAAUACAGAUGACAUCAGAAGGAUCGGCAUCUGUUUGAUCGGUCACCAGAGACGAAUCAUCAGCAGCAUACAGUCUCUACGCCUGCAGCUUCACCAUAUUCAGCAGAACGGCUUUCAAGUCUGA